UCCAAUUCCUGCCCUUCUCCUCCCGAGAUGUUUGUCCACAUUCGGCUGCCGUCCAUCAUUCGCUCUACUUCCGCCUUCGCCCACGUGGUCCGGCUCCGACUCAGUCAGCGGCGCCGUGAGUGGGGCCAGGCGGGGGGCGCGCCCCUCUGGUCCCAACGUGGGUGGCCUGGGUCUCUGCAACUCCUGGGGAAAGCCCACGGAUGGGACGGGAGGGAAGAGACUCGGGAGGUCAGAGGUCACCCUGGGGGUCAGGGGAUGUCCAAGGUUAGCCUUGGGGGAGGGGCAUCGGCACCCUGCGAGGUCAGAGCUCAGUAAGGGCGGGGCUGGGGCGUCAGGAUCCCGGAAGGGUCAGAGUGAAGCAGAAUCAGAAUCCCGGCGAAGUCAGGGUCAACAGGAGCGGGGUCCAGACGUAGGGGCCCUGGGAGGUGAGGGAUCAGAAGGAGCAGGGUUGGGACAUUGUGGGUCCUAGUAAGUAGUGGUCAUCGGGUUGGAGUCAGCGGGAGCUGAGUCGAGGCUUCAGGGUUACAGGAGGUCAGCAGACAGCGGGGGUAGGGCCUGGAAGGUCAGGGGUCAGCAGGGUCAGGACCACUGGGCCCACAGGUCAGGGGUCAGCAAGGUCAGGGCAUCAGGGCCCAUAGGUCAGGGGUCAGCAGGGGCGGGGCCGGGGCGGUGGGACCCGGGUGGUCAGGGUGCAUGGGUGUGCCUGACCUGCGGGCCUUGGCUGGGGCGCUGAGGCGGUGGACAGCCUGCGGACCGUGGACCGCCCGCCUGCUCUGCUCGCACCCCAUGGCUGGGAACGUGAAGACGCCCUCCACUGUAGGGUCUAGGCACCCGUCGGACAGGAAGGCCAGGGGUGGCUGGCCCGGUGGAACCCGGACCUGGGAGGACUCUGAGCACCAGGCGAAGAAGCUCAGGGGCAGCGAGGAGGAGCCUCGCCCCCGGCUGCCCAAGCGCAAGAUUGUGCUGCUAGUGGCCUAUGCCGGGAAGGGCUACCAUGGCAUGCAGAGGAAUGUUGGGUCCUCACAAUUUAAGACAAUUGAAGAUGACUUGGUGUCUGCCCUCGUCCGCUCAGGCUGUAUCCCUGAAAAUCAUGGUGAAGACAUGAGGAAAAUGUCCUUCCAGCGGUGCGCCCGGACAGACAAGGGUGUGUCUGCAGCUGGUCAGGUAGUGUCCCUGAAAGUGUGGCUGAUUGAUGACAUUUUAGAAAAGAUCAACAGCCAUCUUCCGUCUCACAUUCGGAUUUUGGGACUGAAGAGAGUGACGGGUGGCUUUAACUCCAAGAACAAGUGUGAUGCCAGGACCUACUGCUACAUGCUGCCCACCUUUGCCUUUGCCCACAAGGACCGGGACGUGCAGGAUGAGACCUACCGCCUGAGCCCUGAGACACUGCAGCGAGUCAACAGGCUCCUGGCAUGUUAUAAAGGUACUCACAAUUUCCACAAUUUCACCUCGCAGAAGGGGCCAAGGGAGCCAAGCGCGCAGCGCUACAUCUUGGAGAUGUUCUGCGAAGAGCCCUUUGAGCGGGAGGGCCUGGAGUUCGCUGUGAUCAAGGUGAAGGGCCAGAGCUUCAUGAUGCAUCAGAUACGGAAGAUGGUUGGCCUGGUGGUGGCAAUUGUGAAGGGCUACGCCCCAGAGAGUGUUCUGGAGCGCAGCUGGGGGGAGGAGAAGGUCGAUGUGCCCAAGGCACCAGGGCUUGGCCUCGUCCUGGAGAGGGUGCACUUUGAGAAGUAUAACCAGCGCUUUGGCAAUGAUGGGCUGCACGAGCCUCUGGACUGGGCGCAGGAGGAAGGCAAGGUUGCGGCCUUCAAGGAGGAGCACAUCUACCCCACCAUCGUCAGUACCGAGAGGGACGAGAGGUCCAUGGCCCAGUGGCUCAGUACACUCCCUGUCCAUGACUUCAGUGCCACUGCCCUUGCAGCGGCUGGCACAGGCACCAAGGCCUCCAGCCCCCAGGAGGGCAGUGGAGGAGAUGAAGACACAGACUGAGGCCAUGGGAGCUACCUACUGCAGCAUCUCAGAGCCUCCUGAGAUGUGUGUGCACCAGGAUUCACCACUGCUGUGGCUGCCAAUCUCACCUGUGGCCCCAAAGCCAGGAAUUAGUGGGCCUGCCUGUCAGCUGUGCCUGUCUUCGUACCCUCAGGAUCUUGGCACCUAGCAUCUUAUGAAUUCUCAUCACAGGAGUAACCUGCUUCAAGGCUAUUUUCAGCUCACAGGUUACAUAAUGUACACCUCAGCAUGUAAAGACACUAUUUUUUUAAAUACAUGAUUUUCUUAUUAAAUAAAUAUAGAUUUUACUUAGUGAA